GGAGGUGAGAGUGUCCAGGGCGGAGCCGCGGAGCCGCGGAGCGGGAUCCGGGAUCGGACUGUCGGAGCGGCUGCAGGACGUGGACCUGCUCCGGGACCAGAACCUGAACCCGGACCUGACCCAGACCCGACCCCGGACCCAGACCCGACCCCCGGGCCGCCAUGGCGCUGUGGGGGGCAGACCUGCACCUGGUCCAGGUGAACAUACCUGCGCUGGAGACGGAAGUGGACGAGACCGGGAAGAGCAGGAAGCACUUCAGGGUGGAGGUUUUGUUCAACGGGAGGAAACACUCGGUCCUGAGGAGGAGCAGCGAGUUCCAGACGCUGCACAGGAAGCUCAGGAAGAAGGUCCAGACUCCAGACUUCCCCAGUAAGAGGAACCAACACCUGAGAACCAAACCUGCGGAGCAGAGGAGGCAGGAGCUGGAGGCCUACGUGCAGGACGUCCUCUACCUGAAUGAAGACGUCCCUCAGCUGCUGCUGGACUUUCUGCACCUGAAACACUUUCACACCGGAACCAAGAUCAGCAGCAUGGAGUCUCUGGACGAGCUGGACAGUCAGGAGGACGGUCUGCAGUUUCCCAACCAGAGGGUGGUGGGUUUCCUCCGGGACCCGUACGUCUCCACCUGCAGGACAGGACUCCCGGACCUGGUUGUGGGCGGAGUCCUGCAGGGAUUUUACCCCCGAGACGUCCGGGUCAGUUUCACCGUCUCCACGCAGGCCUGACCCCGCCCCCAAUCCGGACCCGCCCCCCAAAUCCUGACCCCGCCCCUCCACAUGUGGCCUGUUCCACCCGCCGCUAAAGCUGGGAAUGUUUGUUAACUUGAACCUGAUUAGCAGCUAACUUGAAGCUGAUUAGCAGCUAACUUGAAGCUGAUUAGCAGCUAACUUGAACCUGAUUAGCAGCUAACUUGAACCUGAUUAGCAGCUAGCUUGAACCUGAUUAGCAGCUAACUUGAACCUGAUUAGGAGCUAGCUUGAACCUAAUUAGCAGCUAGCUUGAACCUGAUUAGCAGCUAACUUGAACCUGAUUAGCAGCUAACUUGAACCUGAUUAGCAGCUAACUUGAACCUGAUUAGCAGCUAACUUGAACCUGAUUAGCAGCUAGCUUGAACCUGAUUAGCAGCUAGCUUGAACCUAAUUAGCAGCUAACAGCUAACACAUGUGGCCUUAGCCCCGCCCCCACACGCAGGCCUAAGCCCCGCCCCUAGUACUUGGCCCCGCCCCCACCCAGGCAUAAGCCCCGCCCCUCUACGGUGAAAGAACCACACCAGCUUUGAAAUUAGAGAAAUAGACGUGUGAUGUCAGUAACUUUUUAAUGUUUGUUUGUUUUUUACAAAAAAAUGCUCUUUUACAUGACUCUUACUGGAAUAAUAAAGAAUCCAAACCGA